GUUUAUCUAUAAGGCGGCGAGAAGCCGCAGCGUGCGCUCGGAAGGCCUGCGUGCGAGCUGGCGGUAGUGGUGAAUGUAUUGCUAUUGGUGGCUGUGGUGGGCAUAGGGUCGCAAUCCUCGGGCUAGGGGAUCGAGCGCUCAGGAGUCCGGUGGGGUACGGGGGCGUUGGUAUCGGGGCUUUGGAAGUCGGAGGGAAGGGCGUGGUGUCCUCAGGUGAUCGCGAUUAGAAGGCUGAGGAGCAAGAGGACUACUCGGCCAUUUCGUUGGAAGAGGAAGUUGGACAUCAGCUGUUUUAGUGAUUUUUUUUUCAGUUCAGCAGUGACUAUUUUCCAGGGGGGUGAGUUAAAAUGACUUAUCGUAUUUUACUGAGAACAGCUCGUAGGAAGACGGUCAGUACACUCGCUCCUUCCUCUACUUUUAAGGUUCCCCCCCCUUCGUUCCCCCCAGCCCUUCUAAGUAGGUGGGCAAACGGAGACCAGUCAUGAAUAAUUCAUGAGGGCCUACCCGUUCCUUAGCCACGCCCCUCCCAAUCGUGCUAACGCACGUUACGUGUACCAAACCUGGGGAAGCGACGUAACAGUCCCCGCCCCUAGGACGGAGGGCGGGGCACCGCCCUCAGCACGUGCUGCAUCAACCCGCGCAAGCCCAAAAGGAUGUGCGCAGGCGCUCCCCGCUAGGGGGAGGAAGGAGGCGGGGUAGGGAGCUUGUUGGGUUUAGAGCCGGGCGGAGACCGCUGAGACUCAUUCCUCAGGAACAAGGGUCGGGUGUCAAGGAGACCUUUUCACACCAGCUCCCCGUCCCCGCCUACGGUGGGUGGGUUCGCGCGGCAGAGACAAAGGAUAUCAGUAGGGACGAACAUAGCUGCGAAGGGAAGUAGGGUGUCAAUUUGGGGUGGUGGGCUUUUGGGGGGGAUUACAGGGAGCUAUAUUUAAACUCCCGGAGCCGUUAAGUUGGUUCGUACUCGGAUGCGCGCGCGACUAGGGUGGCGGCAGAGUGCGCAUGCGUGAUUCUGGGGCGAGAGGAACGCGCUUCGGCUGUGCGCGCUCUCGGCAAAGCGGUAGUGGUGGAGGAGCAGGGUCGGCGCACGCGCGGUUGGUUCCUGGAGUUCGGGUCUCGCGGGCAUCUUGUUUUGGUCUCGUAGGCGAGGGGGCCGCGCUUCGGGGGAGGCGCUAGGGCGCGAGACUAGGCUAGAGGAGCUGCGCGCGCACCCAGGGAAGGGGGGAAGGGAGCGGGUGUAGGAAGGGGGGGGGUUAAGCCCCCUGGUCCACCCUCUUAGCCCUCGACUGGGACGGAAUAAGGGGAGGAAAUGAUAGAGAUGGCGGCGGAGAAGGAGCCGUUUCUGGUACCUGCCCCGCCGCCGCCGCUCAAAGAGGAGUCAGGCGGAGGGGGCAGCCCCACGGUGCAGCCGCACCGAGAGCCCGCCUCCGGGGAGCUCCGCGGCGGUACGCAGCGUGGGCCUGGCCCGCGAGCACAACCAGCCGGGGUCUUGGCUUCUGGAGCGGGCAAGGAGAGCCCCGGGGCUACUGCCCAGCCUCGGGUCAGCCAGUCGCAGCAGCAACGAGGGGGCGGCCUCCACACGCACGGGGAGGCCCGCUUGUCGGAUCCCCACGGGCGAGCCGCUCCCCCGGAGCUGGGGGAGGAGCGACGGGGAGGGGGUGGAACAGAACUGGGACCCCCUGCCCCGCCUCGACCCCGGAACGGCUAUCAGCCCCACCGGCCCCCUGGGGGAGGUGGGGGCAAGAGGAGAAAUAGCUGCAAUGUAGGGGGAGGUGGUGGAGGCUUCAAACAUCCGGCCUUCAAGAGGCGCAGGCGGGUUAAUUCGGACUGUGACUCUGUGUUACCUUCCAACUUCCUCCUGGGGGGCAAUAUCUUUGAUCCACUGAACCUGAAUAGUCUCCUGGAUGAGGAAGUGAGCCGCGCACUCAAUGCUGAGACCCCUAAGUCAUCCCCGCUUCCGGCCAAGGGGCGAGAUCCAGUGGAGAUUCUCAUCCCCAAAGAUAUUACUGACCCACUGAGUCUCAAUACUUGCACUGAUGAGGCCCAAGUAGUUCUUGCUUCACCACUCAAGACUGGUCGGAAGCGACAUAGACACCGGGGACAGCACCACCAGCAGCAGCAGGCAACUGGAGGGAUUGAUGGCCACUCGGUGCUGCCCACAGCUCCCCCCACUCCCUCACUCCAUGGGGAGGGCACCACACAGCAGCAACGGCAUGCCCCCCAGCCCUAUGAACUCAACACGGCCAUCAACUGCAGGGAUGAGGUCGUGUCUCCCCUUGAGGUCGUGUCUCCCCUUCCGUCUGCCCUACCGGGUCCCUCAGGCUCCCUCUCAGCCUCUUCAGCUGCCUCAAUUACCUCUGCACCCCCGUCUUCCUCCUCACGACAUCGAAAACGUCGCAGGACUUCCAGCAAGUCAGAGGCAGGGGCUAGGAGUGGAGGAAGCCAGGGUCCCAAGGAAAAGGGCCGAGGGAGUGGGGGAGGCCGCCACCACCUCCACCCACUACCUGCAGCAGGUUUCAAAAAGCAACAGCGCAAGUUCCAGUAUGGGAAUUACUGCAAGUACUAUGGGUACCGAAAUCCUUCCUGUGAGGAUGGGCGCCUUCGGGUGUUGAAGCCUGAGUGGUUUAAGGGUCGGGACGUCCUAGAUCUGGGCUGCAAUGUGGGCCAUGUGACCCUGAGCAUUGCCUGUAAGUGGGGACCAUCCCGCAUGGUAGGCCUGGAUAUUGAUGCCCAACUCAUCCACUCGGCCCGCCAAAACAUCCGACACUACCUGUCAGAGGAGCUGCGUCUGCAAGCCCAGACUGCUGAGGGGGACCCAGGGGCAGAGAGUGAGGAAGGGAUCAAAACCGUUCGAAAGAGGACCUGCUUCCCAGCCUCACUGACAGCAAGCCGGGGUCCCAUUGCUGCACCCCAAGUGCCCUUGGAUGGAGCAGACACAUCAGUCUUCCCCAACAAUGUUGUCUUCGUUACGGGUAACUAUGUGCUGGAUCGAGAUGAGCUGGUGGACGCCCAAACACCUGAGUAUGACGUGGUGCUCUGCCUCAGCCUUACCAAGUGGGUACAUCUGAACUGGGGAGACGAGGGACUGAAGCGAAUGUUUCGACGGAUCUACCGGCACCUACGCCCUGGGGGCAUCUUGAUCCUCGAACCCCAACCUUGGUCAACCUACGCCAAGAGAAAGACUCUCACAGAAACAACCUACAAGAACUAUUAUCGAAUCCAGCUGAAGCCAGAGCAGUUCAGUUCCUACCUGACAUCCCCAGAAGUGGGCUUUUCCAGCUAUGAGCUUGUGGCCACACCCCACAGCACCUUCAAAGGCUUCCAGCGUCCUGUGUACCUGUUCCACAAGGCCCGUUCCCCCAGCCACUGAAUGGCCCCUUGAACAGAAAGUGUGAAGAAGCUGCCCGCUGCUCUUAAGGACCUGGGGAAAGAAAAUAUCCCGCAGUCUUUCCUUUCUGGCUCCAAAAGUUUCCUUUCUUGGAUCUGCAUAGAAAGCUUUUCCUGUGUUGCUGCCCCAGCCUCCUCCCUAUACCUCUGGUACCUAAGCAGCAAGCCCAGCUGUUCUGGAGUUACCGCCAUCUUCCUCUUCCCCCAGCCCACUGGCUGGAUGGCAUGGACUGUUUGCUGAUCUCUGUUCUCCUAGGGCACAGGAGGUGGGGAGUUAUCAAGUUCUCUGGGCUCUUCCUCCUGUCCUUCCAAGGAGAAAUUCCCAUUCUCCUCAGCCCUUGUCCCUGCCUACGUUUCAGUGGACCACAUGAUAGAGGGACUGAGGCUUAAGAGGGGGAAGCUUGAUGGGGAGGCAUGCAGGUACUGUGAAAAUCCCUCUGCUGUCCCCCAUGGGAGAGGGGGUUGGGUUUGGAAUGUAAGAACAGCACAAUAAACGAUGUUUAGGGCAAUGGCCCCCACACCUA